AUGUUGCCGAAGAAGAUGAGGAGACGCCAGUUGUUGCAGUUGUGGUCACUGGUGUUGUUGUGCUCAAUACCGAUGUCUCUCUACAUCUAUACCCAACUGCGGGACAGGACUCACUCGAAGCACUUCUUAGGCUUCACCGACCGAGAGGCCAAACUCGCCGAACGCGUUAAAGAAGUGGAACAACAGAACCAGUUCUUGAGGCGACAGCUGAGUAUCUCGAGGGAGAAGUUGGUCUCAAUUAUGUCCGAUAAUCAAAACGACGCGAACAACAAGAAUAGCGACAAAUCGGAUGAGACUGUGCGACAAAAUCAAGUGUUAGCCAAUGGCAACGAUAAUGAUAAUGUGAUUUCACAGCCAUUAUCAGUGAACUCGGAGACAAAUUCGGUGCUCAACGCGACCACCGAUUGCCAUAAUCGGCACAAAGAUAUAGUUCCCAAGUGUGAGGUGAUUGAAAUAGUGAUUGUAUGCGCCGGUUAUAACUCAUCGAGAAGUGUGGUAACACUCAUCAAAUCGAUACUGUUUUACCGCAAGAAUCCCCUUCACUUCCACUUCAUUAGCGACUCAAUCGCACAACUGAUCCUUCAGACACUGUUCAAGACGUGGUCAGUCCCGGGACUGGCGUUUAAUUUCUAUUUAGCGGAUAAUCUCCAGUCAGACGUGUCGUGGGUUCCCAACAAACACUACUCCGGGGUCUAUGGGCUCAUGAAACUGGUGUUACCCAAAGCCCUUCCCCAGACUUUAGACAAAGUGAUUGUGUUGGACACCGACAUCACGUUCGCCACGGAUAUCGCCGAACUCUGGAACAUGUUCUCGAAGAUGACCAAAGAGUCCAUAGCUUUAGUCGAGAAUCAGAGCGAUUGGUAUUUGGGAAAACUCUGGAAGAAUCACAGGCCGUGGCCAGCAUUGGGCCGCGGAUUCAACACCGGAGUCAUUUUGUUUAGUUUGAAGCGUUUAAGACAAUUCAAUUGGUCUGUGGUGUGGAAGAUGGUGGCAGAGAAGGAGUUGAUGUCUAUGCUGUCGACUUCAUUGGCCGAUCAGGACAUCUUCAACGCCGUCAUCAAACAGUACCCGUUCCUCGUAUACCGUCUGCCGUGUCAGUGGAACGUACAGCUCAGCGACAACACCCUCUCAGACGCCUUGUGUUACACAGAAGUGCAGGACUUGAAGAUAAUUCACUGGAAUUCGCCGAAGAAGUUGAAAGUGAAGAACAAACACUUGGAGUUCUUUCGCAAUCUGUACCUAACGUUCCUCGAGUACGACGGAAACCUCUUGAGACGCGAACUCAUCGGUUGUAAUAAUAGCAAAGAGAACGCCAUAUACUCGGAGUCCACGAGUCUUAUCAACCAAUUAGAUGAAGACGAUCCGUGCUAUGAGUUCCGGCGCUCGCGAGUCACUCAACACAGGACUCACUUGUAUUACAUUGAAUACGAUUACGAGCCGUCGCCAGAAGGGAAUGAUGUGACACUUGUGGCUCAGUUAUCAAUGGAUAGGCUGCAGAUGGUAGAAGCUUUAUGCCAGCAUUGGGAGGGCCCCAUAUCACUGGCCAUGUAUAUGUCCGACUCUGAGGUCCAACAGUUCUUAGGCUACGCACAGACAUCAGAAAUACUACGCGAACGCAAGAACAUAGGCUAUCAUAUAGUCUAUAGGGACGGACCCUUCUAUCCCAUCAAUCACCUGAGGAAUGUUGCCCUCCAACAGGUGACCACACCUUUCGUAUUCCUAACUGAUGUCGAUUUCCUGCCAAUGUUUGGUCUCUACGAGUAUUUGAAGCGCUCGGUGGCUGCCAUGGGCUUGGAAUCGGCGUCGAAGAAGGCGCUGGUAGUGCCCGCCUUUGAGACGCAACGCUAUCGCAUAUCGUUCCCGAAAACCAAAGCCGAGCUCCUGUCGAUGUUAGACAUGGGAACGCUGUUCACGUUUAGAUACCACGUGUGGACCAAAGGGCACGCGCCCACCAAUUAUGCCAAUUGGAGGACAGCGACCACUCCUUAUCGGAUUACAUGGGAACAGGACUUUGAGCCGUAUAUUGUGGUUAAGAGAGAUAUACCUGAAUAUGACUCGCGGUUUGUGGGCUUCGGUUGGAAUAAAGUGUCGCAUAUUAUGGAACUCUAUGCCCAGGGCUUCGAGUUAAUAGUGUUGCCGAACGCCUUCAUAGUCCAUAUGCCACACGCGCCCAGCUUUGACAUCGCGAAGUACAGGUCCAGCUCUUCGUACCGGAAGUGCUUAAAGAUAUUGAAAGUAGAGUUUGUGAAGGACUUGAAUAAGAGGUACGGCCGACAGUUCACAGCCUCCGAGACGUUCAAACAUUGA